GAAUGCUUGCAGUGCCACCUUUAAGAAGAAGCUCCAAUAAUGAUGAAAGGGAGAGAGAGAUGGAGAGUACUUUUGAUCAACUUGGGAUCGAUGAUGACUUCUCCGAUGUUUUCUCCGGUGGGAAUUUUCUUGAAGGUAUCGAUUUUGAUGAUCUCUUCAUUUGUGUUGACGAUGGAGAUGUAUUGCCAGAUUUGGAGAUGGACACACAAAUUCUUGCCGACUUCUCAGUCAGUGGUGGCGAAGACUCAUCGGAAUUGAAUGCAUCCGUUUCAGUUGGCAAGGAAGAGGAAGAUAAAGAUUCAGGUUCGGGUCUGGUCUCGAGUUCCAGUCGUGGCGGCGAAGAAAUUGUGAACAAGAUUAUAAUGAAUCCAUCACCAAAGGAAGGUGAAAAAAUAAGGAGAAAAUCAUCGGCCCAAUCCAAAAGCUUGCAAGCGAAGCGGAAAAUAAAGGUGGAUUGGACACCAGAACUACACAGAAGGUUUGUUCAAGCAGUGGAGCAGCUAGGGGUGGAUAAGGCAGUCCCUUCUCGAAUUUUAGAGCUUAUGGGGAUCGAUUGUCUCACUCGCCAUAACAUUGCCAGUCACCUUCAAAAAUAUCGAUCACAUCGGAAACAUUUGAUAGCAAGGGAAGCAGAAGCAGCAAGCUGGAGCCAAAGAAGGCAAAUGUAUGGAGGAGGAAGCAAAAGAGAGAUGAGCACCUGCUGGCUUGCACCACUACCCACUAUGGGUUUCCCUGCUCCGACUCCCCUGCAGCCUUUCAGACCCUUGGACGUGUGGGGACAUCCAACGGUUGAUCACUCCCUGAUGCAUAUGUGGCCCAAACAUCUACUUCAUUCACCUUCUCCUCCUCAUCCCCCUCCUCCAUGGACAACACAUCCACCUCCACCACCAACUGCAUCUUCUUACUGGCAGCCACUUCACCAACGUGUUCCAACUCCAACUGUUCUUACACUAGGGACUCCUUGCUAUCCACAACCGCGACCAACAAUGAGGUAUUCUACUCUACCAGUUCGGGGUAUUCCACCUGCUGCAGCCAUGAACAAGCAGGUAGACCACCAGGGCAUCGCUAUCCCAAAUGGGCAGUCAGUAGUCUCCCUCCCUCCAUUUGACCAUCCGUCAAAAGAAGAAGAAAGCAUUAUUGACGCAGCAAUUGGAGAUGUUUUAUCAAAACCAUGGUUGCCACUUCCACUUGGUCUAAAGCCUCCAUCUGUUGAAAGUGUGAUGCUGGAACUCAAACUUCAGGGAAUUUCCAAAAUACUCCCAACUUGUGUUUCACCGCUUUCUACAUCCCAUUCCCAUUGAGAAGGUUUUAAUGGUGAUUUUAACCUCAACACCAAGAAUUCGACGACUUGUCUUUAUCUCAUGUAAAUGUACAAUUU